AUGGCAUCGAAAUAUAUAUUGCCCUGCUUUCGUCUGAAGACAGGCAAUCGCGUGAAGAAGGAAAAGGAUAACGAAUGCUUGAGCUAUCGCAACGAGCUGGUCGAGGCACUGGAUCGAGCCAAAGGCAAACUGGAAGCCACUUGGAAGGCGCUCGACCCUAUUGUGAGCAAGCCGGAAUACCAAAACUACGGCGAGCAGCUGUUCGAUGUGCUCUACACGGGCGGCCUGCUUGCAGCCGAUGGGAAAUUGUCAACACGCGGCGAUCUGAAGCUGAGGACGAGCUACUGCGUGUUCAAGACCCACGACGAACUGAACGCGCUGCGCAUCUAUGAGCAGCUGGUGAUGCGUUUGAGGCGACGCCACAAGCACCUGGACGCGGUCUUCGAGGAGCAUGCCCAGCGAUAUAUCCGCCAGCUGGCGAAGUUUGAUAUGGGCGCCCGGCGACGUCUCGCCCUGCUGAUGGCAUUGUACUUGAUCGACGGCCAAUUGAAUCCACGUUCGCUGCUGGAGCUGGGCACGGACCAGGCGAACAUCGACGACGGCCUGGCCAUGGAGUUUAUGCUGCUCAUCUGCGGCGCACUGAAAAGUGAGCGGGGCUCCAGUUUCAUGCUGCAAGUGCUCAAGAAGUCCGGGCUGGAGCACAAAAUCAUCAGCUUUAUGCCGCCAAUGCUGCGCAGCGAUUUGUAUUUCCGGCAGGUGUAUCAGGAGAGCGAUUUAAAUGAGGUGAUCGAGCUGCAUGAGGAGCGCGCCGGCCUGGCGUUGCGGCAACAAUUGAAGCAGCGUUUGCUCGAUGAUUUUCGCGAAAAGCUGCCCCAACUGGAGAUUGUAAUGAAUGUGCGGCAAUUUCAACGGGAACGGCAUAUGUCCGAUUCGGAAAUCAUCGGCAUUGUCUGGCAGACAAUCAACGAAACGAACGCUAAUAUGAAAACCCAUAGCAGUGCGUCGCCGGAGCAGGCGCUGCGUAAACUACAAAUCUAUGCACCACUGCUGAAUGCCCUCUGCAGCACGGAUAGCGCUCAGAUAGCGUUGCUGAUGCGCCUGCAGGAAUGGUGCUACGAGCAUCAUUCGCUAUUCAAGUCAUUCGAACGGCUGGCCGUCCACCUGUAUCGGGCCGGUGUCCUCAAUGAGGAUGCCAUUGUGCGCUGGUAUGAGGUCGAUCAUAUCGAUAAGGGCAAGGUGGCAUUUCUUAAGCAAAUGCAUCGAUUUGUCCGCUGGCUGCAUAGCGAUACCGAUGCGAAUGCCCGUGUCGAUUACAAUAGUUUUAUGAUACAUCGCCAGCCUGUUGAGCCCAUCUAUAGCGAUGCCGUAUCGACCAAACUCAAAUUCGCCAAGUAUGCCUAG